GAAGGACGGUAAGACAGAAUAAGAGAGGUAGUGGAAGUGAGUAAGAGAUGGGCAGGGAGGUAUAAAGAGAGGGAGGGAGUAAUAUAAGAGAGGCAGCCAUAGAGGAGAGGUGACAGAGUAGAUUAUCCUUCUCUCUUGUCCUCCUGUCUGCCAUCGUCAUCAUGUUCAUGCUGCAGAUGUUGACUGUUAUUUCUCUGACUAUUAUCUUCUUGGCAUCUGUGGAAGCCAAAGGCGUGCAGAUGCAACGGGAUGUCCAGUGCUGCAUGUUGUACUCCCAGGGCAAGGUGCGCACCAAAGACGUGUUGCGGUUUGAGGUGCAGACAGAGGGGCCCGACUGCAGUAUACAAGCCAUCAUUCUUUACACAAAGAAGGCAGUGAAAUGUGCGGACCCCAAAGACCGAAAGGUGAAGAGGUUGUUGCGGAAGCUUCUCCAGAGACAGAGAACUAAGGCUCACCGAACCAUGUGGCUCCUCCCUCAUGACAACUUACCCGUCAUGUCAGAGGACAAGAAAGACAACUGGGCAGUUCUCAAUGUGGAGUGACCAAGUCCCGUCGGAAAUGGAUGAUAACUUGUAGUCAUAAGCCAAGUAACGUUUCAGCAGCUCGUCUUCUUUACACAGCCAAGCUCGCUGACUCGCCAGUCAUUUUGUGUCUUUAUCCACACCAUUCGUCUCCCUGGGCCACACCUGGGUAGCAAUACGUAUUUAAAUGGCUUUAGAUAUUUAAACAUGAGCAGUGCUUGAGAUAUUUCCAACAUGUGGCUGGAACAGUUUCAACUGAGGAGUGUAACUUGUAAGAUAAGUUGCAUUGAUUUUUUUUUUUUUUUUAAUGGCUUGUACUGUUAUUUGCCAGAGUCUGCCUGAAAGAGUGUUCCUCUUCGACAGCAUAACUACUCGUGGCUGAAGUAAAAUCAUCGAACCAGUCGUAAUGAAACGAGCAGUGAUGUUAAUGUUGUAUAUCAGCAGGAUACCCUAUGCUUUUUUUGUGACUUGUAUACCUUAAAUCUGUAACGACACUUCACACAGUUAAGUAGAUGGGCUUUUGUCACAGAACGGUGGGAAACAUAACUCCAAUAUCAUUUUGCACCUCGAUUUCCAGGUUUGGUUUCAGCUGCAACAGGAUUAAAAAUCCAUAUUCAGGUUGUAUUUGAUAGUUUCUCAUAUCAAAUUAGGAUCUGGAAAAAAAAAUCGAUUGUGCAUCCAGUCUUAUCUGCUCCAUACAGAACAAACUGUCUUGAUAUUUUGUCCGGUUUGUAAAUUAACUGUUUUUAAAUUCUGUGCAAUACUUGAGUCAGUCUUUAAAAAUAGGUACUGACAAAAAAAAAAAAAUUCAAGUCUCAAUAUAUAUUUUGCAUUUAUCGUUUCAUUAAUUAAUAGUCUGACAUUAAUCUAUGCCAAAGUCUUCAUGAUUGAAUUCAUUAUAUGGCCAGGCUGUUAAAACAUAGAGGGCUCAACUGUGUGUGUAACACACACACACACACACACACACACACACACACACACACACACACACACACACACAUUGUAUUGUAGAAGAAUGCACUGUAUGUUAACACAGUAUCUCAAGUGAGCUAUUUUAUAAAUUAAUCAAAUGUAAUAACUGGAACUGCUAUGGUGUCUUUUUCUUGUGUGUAUUUGUCUCAUUUAUUCCCAUGGAGCUAUUGGUGGAAUCUACAUAGCUCCACAUUGAUUCAUAAAACAGUAAAAUAUUUUAUUAUCUUAGCUAUAAUGUUAGAUGACGGAUGUUUUGUGAAUGUGUUUGUCCUGGCCUUGAACCUCCUCUUGAUGUUCUUAACAAUGUUGUAGUAUGAUUGUUGAAAUACACGCU